UCGACGUAGCGGCAUUGUUCCCUAGCGUUCCAGUGAAAGAUGCUCUGAAUCUUCUAGAGGAUUGGCUGCUAACACAAAGGACGGAAACAACAUGGCGAGGAAAGGUGAAGAUGUACCUAAAUCUGGCAAGGCUAUGCAUGACGGAGAACUACUUCACAUUUCGUGGCAACUACUACAAACAGACGAAAGGAGCACCGAUGGGAAAUCCGCUAUCACCGUUUUUGUGCGAACUGUUCAUGGCGAAUCUGGAGAACAACCUACAAGAACAAGGAAUACUACCCCAGAAGUGGUGGAGAUACGUCGACGACAUUUUCAGCAUCAUCAACCGAAAGGAUCUACCCAGGAUUUUGGAAGCGAUAAACAACGUGCAUAAGGACAUCAAAUUUACCUUCGAAGAGGAAAAAGAAGGAAGCCCACGAACACCAUGAGAGUCAUCCCAUAUACAUCGAACCAUUCGUACCAACAUAAAAUGGCAGCAUUUCAUCACAUGAUCCACAGGAUGCAGACGAUA